ACCCACAUAUUUGUGUAAACCACCUUGCGUAUGGAAGUAUGGCGACCCCAGCAACCACCCGACAACGAGUACUCGGCCAAAAGUUCGCCGCCGCUUCCCGGUGUACAUGAGAGGCGAUGAAUAGGCGUGUGCGACGCGGCGGCUCGGCAACGAAGAGCUCUGCGACAGCGAAGCGGCCAGCGGCGGCCUCCACGCGGGCACGACAGCAGCCGUCGGCGGCGUCCGGCUGACGGAGGACUCGAAGUCGCCUGUAUUCUUCCAAGUGGAGUCCGGUUUUGGGGGUGGGAAGGGGGGAGUCACGGACGCGGAAGUUUGCCACAAAACUUAGCGUCCCGGUGGCUGGAAUGAAGCAAAAGUGUUGAAUUUGGAGAUGUUCAUGUUGCGAAAAGUGUUCGGGCGAGGAGGCGACGCGGCGCCGCCGACGACCAACUGUUGACUGCUCCGUGCACCUUCAAAGAGGACCGGAGGCUAACCCGAGUUAGCCUCCAUGGCUAUUUGCACUUGUAGCUUGAGUUGCUCGGCUAAACUGCGGGAUUUAAGUUUACAACAGCACAUUCCGCCAGCACCCAAAUCCCAUUAAUGCAUGAUAAAAAGCGGCACGCUGGAGUAGCUUGGACCUGCAGAACAAAUCUGCGUCACACCAGGGGAGGACGCCCCGACUCUGGGAGGACUCCUGCAGUCUCCUCCUUUCCUCCUCCUCCUUCCUCCUGCCCACUGGCCAGUUGUCGGUGGACUGAGUCCGGCCCCGAGAGUCCCGGCUGCGGCCUGGCACCCUUCCCUUAUGGGGCAGCAGCCGGGGAAGUUUGCCGGGGACCAGAGGAGACCCAGUCUGCCAGCCUUCAUCAAGGGCGUCAAGAGGGAGUCCACGCGCCAUGGGACGCAGCCCUGCAAUGUCUUUGCAGUGCACGAAGCUCUCCAGAGACCAGACUUUGAGGGUCAAGGUCUGACCGAAGCGGCCCGUUGGAACUCGAAAGAGAACCUGUUGGCCGGACCUAGCGAAAAUGACCCCAACCUGUUUGUGGCGCUGUACGACUUUGUGGCCAGUGGCGACAACACACUCAGCAUUACUAAAGGCGAGAAGCUACGCGUGCUGGGCUACAACCACAACGGCGAGUGGUGCGAAGCGCAGACCAAGAAUGGCCAAGGCUGGGUGCCGUCCAACUACAUCACCCCCGUCAACAGCUUGGAGAAGCACAGCUGGUACCACGGGCCCGUGUCGCGCAACGCCGCCGAGUACCUGCUCAGCUCGGGAAUCAACGGCAGCUUCCUGGUGCGCGAGAGUGAAAGCAGUCCUGGCCAGAGGUCCAUUUCCCUGCGCUACGAGGGGAGGGUUUACCACUACAGGAUCAAUACGGCAUCCGAUGGCAAGCUGUACGUGUCGUCGGAGAGCCGCUUCAACACGCUGGCCGAGCUGGUGCACCACCACAGCACGGUGGCCGACGGCCUCAUCACCACGCUGCACUACCCGGCGCCCAAGCGCAACAAGCCCACCAUCUACGGCGUGUCCCCCAACUAUGACAAGUGGGAGAUGGAGCGCACCGACAUCACCAUGAAGCACAAGCUGGGCGGGGGCCAGUACGGCGAGGUUUACGAGGGCGUGUGGAAGAAGUACAACCUCACCGUGGCCGUAAAGACGCUCAAGGAGGACACGAUGGAAGUGGAGGAGUUCCUCAAGGAGGCCGCUGUUAUGAAAGAGAUCAAACAUCCCAACCUGGUGCAACUCUUGGGCGUGUGCACACGGGAGCCUCCGUUCUACAUCAUCACAGAGUUCAUGACCCACGGCAACCUGCUGGACUACCUGCGGGAGUGCAACCGAGAGGAGGUCAACGCCGUGGUGCUGCUCUACAUGGCCACACAGAUCUCCUCCGCCAUGGAAUAUCUGGAGAAAAAGAACUUUAUUCACAGGGACCUCGCCGCCCGCAACUGCCUGGUGGGCGAGAACCACCUUGUAAAGGUGGCAGACUUCGGCCUGAGCCGGCUGAUGACGGGCGACACGUACACGGCGCACGCGGGGGCCAAGUUCCCCAUCAAGUGGACGGCCCCGGAGAGUCUGGCCUACAACAAGUUCUCCAUCAAGUCCGACGUGUGGGCAUUCGGCGUCCUGCUGUGGGAGAUCGCCACCUACGGGAUGUCCCCUUACCCUGGCAUCGACUUGUCCCAAGUGUACGAGCUGCUCGAAAAGGACUACCGCAUGGACCGACCCGAGGGAUGCCCCGAGAAAGUCUACGAACUCAUGAGGGCCUGUUGGAGGUGGAAUCCUUUGGAACGUCCGUCUUUUGCCGAGACCCACCAAGCCUUCGAGACCAUGUUCCAGGAAUCCAGCAUCUCUGACGAGGUGGAAAAGGAGUUGGGCAAGAAAGGGAAGAAGGUGACGUUGGGCUCCAUUCAGCAGGCUCCAGAACUUCCCACCAAGACCAGAACGCUGCGCAAAAAUAAGGACAGCCGGGAUGGAGACAGUCCAGAUCCGGUGGACCCUGACGUUACACUGCCCUCACCGAUGCUCCCAAGGAAAGAGCGCCCCCUGCUGGACGGCAAUCUGAACGAGGACGACCGGCUGCUGCCCAAGGACAAGGACAAAACACGCGGUGGCUUUCUGAGCCUGAUCAAGAAGAAGAAGAAAAACGCCCCGGCACCUCCCAAGCGCAGCUCCUCCUUCCGGGAGAUGGACAUCCACCCCGAUCGGCGGGGCGGCUGUCCGGACCCUCGGGACGGGGACUGCUUCAACAACGGUGGACCUUUGUCCAUCGGCGACGCCACGCAUGUGCUGGAAUCCUCAAAGUCUCUGGCGACGAACAAUAACGGCACGAACGGAGCUCCCACCUAUCCGGGACCAUUGUUCCCCCGGAAGAAGGGCGCCCCUGCCGUGCCCGGACCCGCCGGCAAGGCAGCAGUCACCCCUCCCGGCGAAGACGAGGUCAUGACGAACUCAAAGCGCUUCUUUUGGUCCUCCAGCCUACCCGUCGGCUCAGACGGCACCCAGUGGAGGUCCGUCACCUUGCCGAGGGACUUGGGCCAGAGACACUUUGACUCGGGAACCUUCGGGGGCAAACCGGCGCUCCCCCGCAAGCGAACCAGCGAGCAGAAAGGGGAUCCCGCCCCUCGAAUGGGCACGCUGACUCCGCCUCCGCGUCUGCCCAAGAAGGCGGAAGAGUUGCCAGAUGACGCGCCGAGAGACACUGAGCUGAGUCCCGGAUCCAGUCCCCAGGCUUUAACCCCCAAGGUAGUCAAGAGGCCCGGGCUCCCGGAGAACUCCAAGACCAGCGCCCUACACGCCGAGCUGCUAAAGCCCAGUGUCUUCCCGGCAUUGGGCGCCGCCGGAGAUGAAUGCCGGGCCCGGCGCAACAAGCACACCAAUGACACCCGAGAGAAGGGCAAGUUCCAGAAGCCCAAACCGGCUCCUCCGCCGCCGCCCGCCAACGCCAAAGCGGCCAAAACCACCCGCAGUCAAGAUCUCCCGUCCCCUUUGUCAGAAAUCAAAGCUAAGGGCCUCCCGUCCGCCUCGGAGCCCCAACACGGAACCACUCCCGGCGAGGGAGCCAAGAAGCUGCCCCCGAGUUGCAACUCCAAACCUCAACCGCUCAAGACCUCCGCCUCGGCGAGCGGCUCCCUGGGGGGUGAGCCGGCCGCCUUCAUCCCCUUGGUCAAUCCCCGCCGCUCCCUGCGCAAGACGGCCCCGCGCCAGGCCUCGGAGCGCACGCCCAACUCGGCCGUGACCCGCGAGAUGGUCCUGGAGGGCGCCGAGCAGCUGCGCGCAGCCAUCGGCCGCAACUCCGAGCAGACGGGCAGCCACGGCGCCGUCCUGGAGGCCGGCAAGAACCUGUCUAAGUACUGCGUCAGCUACGUGGACUCCAUUCAGCAGAUGCGCAAUAAGUUUGCCUUCCGCGAGGCCAUCAACAAGCUGGAGAGCAGUCUGCGCGAGCUGCAGAUCUGCCCCGCCGCCUCCGGGGGCGUCAACGCGCAGCAGGACUUCACCAAGCUGCUGUCUUCCGUCAAGGAGAUCAGCGACAUCGUUCAGAGGUAGCGGAACACGGACAAAAUUGCUACCAACUGAAAUCUGCCCACUCGCCCGAGAGCUGGCGCCGGUACUCCGGAUACCACCUGUGGUCUUUGCGGAUGCAAGCAAAGGAAUUGGGACGAUUUUGGAGUUUGAGCCGAUGUUGAGCAACUGUGAACAAGUCGUCGUCAUCAUUCUUGAAAUCUCUCCUCCCUUAAAUACAGAAAAAGUGCCCGUUUUCAAAAUAGGUUGCCUUCGACUGAGUGCAUUGCACCCGGAAUCCAUUUGUGCCAGUCAAUCCCUGAUGAAAGGGUUUCCCCAACUGAGGGGCGGCACCCAAACGUGCCACAGGCUUUUUGGUUCAUGUGUUCUUUAUCGCAGUGUUUUCGCUUACCAUUAUUUUGCCGAGGCACAUAUUUUACAAACAAAAAAAAAAAGUCACCACCAAACAAAAAUGCCACCGAAAGUAUAGUACUUGGAGGGUGCAAAAUGUUGGUAUGCAGUUGGAAGCGUUUGCCAUUUUAUUUGUUUGCCUUCUUUAUUUGUUUAUUUGAUGCAUCUUUUCUGAUGUGCAUAGUGUGAGAGUGAGUGUGUAAAUGUGAGAAGUUUGUUUGUGAGCGAUUGUGUAAGAGGUUUGUGUGUGUGCGCGAGAAUGAGGAUGUAUUAUAAAGUAUCUGUCAUUGAGUGUGUAAGAAAAGGGUCGAUGUUAACGCGAACAUUUAUGUAUUUGUUUGUGUGAGUGUGUCACAAAAAGGCUUCCAACUGUAUAUGUACUUUUGCUCCCUCCGUAUCCGGAAUUCUGUCCUAAUUUCGUUAGCAAUGAAGUGAAAUUUGGGCACAGUGGUUGGUAAUCACUGGUUUGAGGCGGACGUCGGCGUUACGGCGUGACGUCAUGUAAUUUAGCGAAAUUCGGGUCGCAUGGCGGAACGCGGCAGUGGUGGUGGGGAGUGUCUUCAAAACGUUUGUCAAACCCUGACUCAUGUGACAACAAUUCAAAGUAUUCUCUUCAGUGCCGUGCGAACGCCUUUUUCUUUGUGGCUCAUCUUAUGCCGCCAAGAUGACGACAGCCAAGUAAGUCGAGUGUAACUGUUGAUACGUUGUGCCUUCAAGACUUUGAUGUUAAAUGGCCAUACAACAAAAAAAAUAAGGAAAGGAAAA